AUGGCUGACCCAGAUCAAAGUCCAAGUCAGGACUCUGGUGAAGUGGCCGCCAGCAACACGCAGCAGAGUUUGGCGUCCGUGGACACGAUUUCAGAUUCGAAUGUGCCCCUGAAGGAUGAAAAUGCGCCCAAUAAAGAAACCACUCGGGAACUGGAUUCAGAGGACCAGCAGGGUGGGAGCGCUGCUCAGGAGGUGCAGAACAUUGACCAGUCCGACGCUACCACACCGUCCGGGGAAGGAAAUUCCGUGGAAGCCGCCUCGGGUCAGCCGAAAGUUGACGACGAGCUCGAGACAAAACCAUGCUCAGACUCAUGUCCAGAGCCAGCCACGGAGCCAAUGACCCCUGAAGGUGACGACGGUUAUCCGGGAUUUGAUCAAAAGAAGGCUUCCGAACCAGAGCAAGAGGACGGGGAUGAUGGAGAUAUACCUCCCGAAUCUGAAGAUGAGGAGGAGGCGGGAAACACCAAGGCCGAAAAAGAGGAGGAGGCGUGUCUGGGAAACGUCCCGGAAGAUUUAGACGACGACUCGCCGUCCCGCCUCGAAUGGCUGCGGCAGAAGAGGGAGGAGGGCGCCGUCAGCGAGGCGCUCGAUCAGGCGAUGUGUCUGAUUGGGCUGGAGCAGGUCAAAUCCGAGCUUCUGCAGGGCAAAGCCGCCAUCGAGGCCAGGCGUAGACGGGGCGAGGAUCUGGGGGGAGAUGCGAUUGUGUGGAAAGUGGAGAGCAAAACAGGCAUUGGUAAUAUGCAAGCAGAUUACCAUCUCGUAAAGCGCCUCUUUGACAAAUUGGAAACGGAGAUGGGCUUCGACCAUGACAAGAGCUCGAAAUGGCGUGGCGAAUGUCGGGACAUCAACCUGAAGGACUAUUCCGACCGUGAGCUCCAGGUUCAUUUGGUCAAGUUGAUCAAGAAGAGAGGUAUGAAUGUCGAGGGUGGCAUCGACGGGCCCUAUCCACGGAUCCUUGCUGCGAGGAUGGGACGGGGUAGAGGAAAAGACGCGUUUGAGAAUCUCCAUACCGUCAAGGAGGCGAUGGAAAAGGCGGCUCAUCGUCAGGCCGUAAGGCUUCAGCGGGACCGCGUCGAAUGGGCCAAGGGCGGCGAGCAAGGCGAUGCCCCAGAUGAUUUUCUUUUCACAAAGGAAGAUCUCGUCGGUCCCCCGCCCGCAGACCUGCGGGAGACGAGCAAAGCAUACCGCGAACUCAACGCCAUGGUGGGGCUGGAUACGCUCAAAGAGGCCAUGGAGGAGCUCAUGGACCUUCCCCGGGCAAACUAUGAGCUCGAAUUGCAGGGCAAGGAGCCGGUCAAGGUCAACCUCAACCGCGUCUUCAUGGGACCGCCAGGAACGGGAAAGACCACAGCGGCAAAACUCUUUGGUCAGGUCUUGAUCGAUUUGGGUCUAGUGGAUAACAAAGAGGUGGUUUGCAAAGGCCCGGCGGACUUGAUCAACUUCAACAGUAGCUACGCCAUCGAACAGACGAACAAGGCACUCGUCGCCGGCGAGGGCAAAGUCCUCAUCAUCGACGACGCCUCGAAUCUGUGUCCGGACGCUCCCAACAGCGCCUCUGCAGAAACCGACAGCAAGGACCCGCCGCUCUUUGCAAUCGCACAAACGCUCGCCACCGACGCCGCUGCGUCCUCGGGCCGGGACGGCGGCUGCAUAUUUCUCGUUGGCGACGCGCAGGGCCUGCGUGACAUGUUUGACAAGUGCCACCGCGGCCUGCGCACCAGGUUUGCCCUUGAAGACGCGUUUGAGUUUCCGGACUACGACCCUCCCGAGCUGGUCAAGAUACUGGACGUGAAGCUGGUCGAGGCCAACGUCACCGCCAGCGAGCAGGCCAAAAAGGUUGCGGGGCAGAUCUUGUCGAGGGCGAGGCACAGGCCGGGCUUUGGCAACUGCAAAAAUAUCGAAAUCUUGAUCCGCAAGGGACUGGCGUCGCGGAGGGCACGGCUUCGGAAGGAGGCUGCUGCGGCUGCUGGUCAGACCUCGGGUGAGAAGGCGGUGGUGGCCCCAAAGCACAGCUUCUGGCUGAACCAGUCUGCGGUGCUGGAACCUGAAGAUUUCGACCCAGACUGGCGGCGAGGGUCCGAGACUCUGAGCAGAUGCGAAGAUCUCUUCAAGGAGUUUGUGGGCUUUGGCCAAAUCGUCAGGCAGUUUACGAGAUAUCAGGAGAUGCUGGCCGGCAUGCGCCUGCACGGGGUUGAGCCGGGCUCUCACGUACCCUUCACAUUUGUGUUCAAGGGACCUCCCGGGACGGGCAAGACGACGACGGCCAGGAAGCUGGGCCAGAUCUUCUACGACAUGGGGCUCCUGACGACCAACGAGGUGAUCGAGUGCUCCGUGUCGGACUUUAUCGGCAAGUACCUGGGCGAGACGGCGCCCAAGCUCCGCGCGCUGCUGGACAGAGCGCUCGGCAAGGUCCUCUUCAUCGACGAGGCAUACCGCCUCGCGACGGGGACGGCGGGCCGCAAGACGGGCCGGUCGUUCGAGGAGGAGGCGGUCGCCGAGCUGGUCGACAGCCUCACCAAGGAGCGGUACCGGCGCAAGGUGGUGGUCAUCCUGGUCGGGUACAGCGACGACAUGGACCGGCUCAUGAAGGCCAACCGGGGCCUGCACAGCCGCUUCGCGACAGAGGUGGUGUUCCCGCAGCUGACGCCCGGGCAGUGCAUCAAGUUCUUGGGGCAGCUGAUUGGUCAGAUGGGCAUUGCGAUCCGCGACAGGGAGGACCCGGACCCCAGGCAGAAGGAAAAGGUCCUCAGGGUCAUGGGCAAGCUGAUCGCGACGAGGGAUUGGUCCAACGGGAGGGACAUUGAGACGCUGGCGGCGGAGAUGGUCGGGGAGGUGUACUGCCGGGAGGGGAGGAGGGGGCAAAAGUCUGCGAGGCUGCAGGUCUCGACCGAGGAGCUGUUGGGGUUUUUGUUGGAUAUGCUGAAGAGACGACGUGCUGGGGAAUUGGUGGAUGAGGAGUGA